CAUAUUUGCAACGGUCGACCACCAACACCGGAACAACUACCAAUGUGCUUUGACCCCGAGAUUGGUUGGGAUGGAGUGUCGCUGGACGAAUUUCUUGCUUGCCCCUACAAUCUUGCUUUUAAUAGGCAAACACGAAUGUUAGCUGAUUUGACGCUCAUCAACUGCUAUGAUACACGAGCAAAUGACGUUGCCACCAGAGAACGGAUUAUGCUGGCAAGCGCAAAGGCUAAUUUAAAAAAUUUAGCUUUUUUUGGACUCAAAGAAUAUAUGGCCGAAAGUCAGUGGAUGUUCGAGCAACUCUUCCGCUUAAAGUAA